AUGCUUUAUGCCUUUUUGCACAGGAGUAGCAGCUUGUUGGGAGUUGAGUGUCUCUCUCUCUCUGUGCGCGCUGACCGGAGGGGGCUGGCUCUCCAUGAUUGAAUCCAGCUGUUUCUGAAAGUGCUCGGAGGAGGCCAGUCGUCAAUUUGCAUUGCUAAAUAAUCUGCAAGAGCCUGACAAGAGUGGAGGAGAAACGGAACAGUCCAUUUUGAAAAAGGCAUUUGCUGCAACACUUGGUGGUCAAUGCACCGAAGCUCCAGCUCGACCAGCCAGACAGCGGUUUAAUGACAACCAGGUGUCUGUUUACGCGUAAAGGCGCAUAGUUGUUGGGGUGGGCGGUUCGAGUCCUGCUGAGGGGAUUUGGGGAGAAUUUACGGGUCGUCUGAAUCUUUCCUUUGAGAAAACAAACCAUGCUUUUUGAAAUACGUGGCUUCAGGUUUUGCUCUUCCGCAAGGAUGUUGGCAGCUCUGGUAUUUAUUCUGCUUUGUAUCCAGCCUGGACAUGGACAGACCUGCACAGAAGGUUUUACUUAUGACCGCAGGUCGAGACAGUGUAUAGAUGUGGAUGAGUGCCGUGCCCUGCCAGAUGUUUGCCGUGGAGACAUGCGCUGUGUGAACCAGAACGGAGGCUAUCUCUGCCUGCCGAGGAGCCUGUACAACCAGCCCUUCAGACCGGAGACUCCAGCCCUGCCGGAGCCACUCUACCCGGACGCGUCGGCGGGUUUUCCAGACACCUUCCAACCUCCAGCUCUUCCGAGAUCUGUGGAGCCCAGCUACCCCAGAAUCAGGUCCACUGCGCAGUGCACCCUGGGAUAUACUCUUGCAGAGGAUGGCACCUGUAAUGACAUUGAUGAAUGUGAGACAAACUCUCAUCAGUGUAACCCCACCCAGGUCUGCAUCAAUACAGCAGGUGGCUACACCUGUUCCUGCACUGAAGGAUACUGGCUCAUUGGUGGACAGUGCCAGGAUAUUGAUGAAUGUCGCUAUGGUUACUGCCAACAGCUGUGUGCCAACGUCCUUGGCUCUUAUUCUUGCUCCUGCAACCCCGGCUUCAUCCUCAUCUCAGACAGCAGGACCUGUCAAGAUGUGGAUGAGUGUGAAGAUGAACCAUGCAGUCACGGCUGCUUCAACACCUACGGCUCCUAUAUGUGCAACUGUGACGAGGGAUUCGAGCUGGCGUCCGACGGUACUUCUUGCAUUGAUUUGGAUGAGUGCAGCUUCUCUGAGUUUCUGUGUCAGCACAGAUGUGUGAACACGCCUGGCUCUUUUUCCUGCAUCUGUCCGCCUGGAUAUUAUGUAUUUGAGGACGGCAGGAGUUGUGAAGAUUUCAAUGAAUGUGACACUGGUAACAACACCUGUACAACAGCACAAGUAUGUUUCAAUUUCCAGGGAGGCUAUACAUGCCUGGAUCCUUUACAGUGUCACUCUCCUUACAUCGAAGUUAGUGACAAUCAGUGUAUGUGUUCGGCUGAGAACCCUGCCUGCAGGGACAAACCCUUCACUAUUCUGUUCCGACACAUGGAUUUGUCGUCGGGGCGCAGUGUGCCUGCAGACAUCUUCCAGAUGCAGGCCACCACGCGCUACCCCGGCGCCUUCUACAUCUUCCAGAUAAAGUCGGGCAACGAAGGACGAGAGUUUUACAUGAGGCAAACCAGUAAUGUGAGCGCCACACUGGUGUUGUCACGGCCAAUCAAGGGGCCCAGAGAGCUGGUGCUGGACUUGGAGAUGGUCACGGUCAACAACGUCAUCAACUUCAGAGGCAGCUCCAUCAUACGUCUGACGGUAUUUGUCUCAGAGCACCCGUUCUGAGCGUCCCAAAUGAACUUCAUCUGCAGCUGAUGUAAUGGUUCGUUUGAGACAGCUCAUCACCUUUUUUUUUUUUUUUUUAAAUCAUUAUCUCAAUAAAGACACGUCCGAUAAAGACUCAGCCGAGACCAGCUGAUGGGAAAGCAUCCUUGUGCUCCAAUUCCCACCCUGGUUUAAUGGACACUGAGCUUUUAUGGCUGCGAUAUGGACUUUCAACACAGAGGGAUAUUUAUGGUGUACAAUUUCUGACAUCCUCUAUUUAGAAAAAUGAGCUGAAAAUGAUGGAAAUUACCCCUCACUCAAUACCAGUGUAUACACAAUACAGUUUCCCCAGUUGUCUGUGAAUUUUCAUCCCUUCAGAUAAGCUGUGAAAGUGACUUUUAUAUGCCUGAAUUCAAGAGCUGUCAUUGCAUCAUGAGUGCCAUCAGAUCAUUGUCGUGUUUUUUUAUGAGACGGGAGGAGAAGCGGUUAUCUGAGCACAAGUGUAAAUGUACAUUUGCAGUGGCAAUAUUUGAAAUGAUGUAACAACCAGUCAUUAACUGAAUUAUUGAUCACGGUUUUUGUUAGACCAAUAAAUGUCUUCACCACACA